AUGGAGGAGCAGACUCUCUCCAUCGAACAGAGCUACAAGCAGAUCACCAGUGAUGCAUCGGCUUUCUCUGGCGCUGUCAACACGAUCGUGGCUACAACGAGGGUCAACGGAAAGGAAGGGAAAGGAGGAAGGGAGCAGAUGGACAAGAAGAAGGAUGGCAAGCGGGAGAAGAAGCGAGCCCCCUUCAAGGGGCGCUGCUACAACUGCAAUGAGGAGGGGCACAUGGCUGCCAAGUGCCCCAACAAGAAGAAGGAUACAACACCCGCGGCAGCCGCGAACGUAGCCGAAGGAGACGGGAAGGGCGUGGCGCUCACCGUCGCGUGUUCGGCUGCAAAGUUGCUGGCCGACGACAAGGACUUGUGGUUCCUUGACUCGGGAUGCUCCCAACACAUGACCGGCCACAAGGAGUGGUUCACGGUGAUCCGUGACCCAUCUGCAACGAAAUCCGUCAAAGGGUUUGAUGGGUCUAUGAAGGAAGUUGCCGGUGUUGGCGAGGUUUUGCUGAAGGGCACUAACGGCUUGCGUGUGACCCUGCAUGAUGUCCUCUUUGUGCCAGGAAUGAAGGCCAACUUGGUCUCUCCUGGGCACCUCACGGACAAAGGAGCAAAUCUGCAAACCGAAGAAGGUGUCACCCACGUCAUCGCAUCGGGAGGACAAGUGGCUGCAACUGCACGCUACCGCCAUCGUCUUCUCUGCCUUGACCUGAAACCGUGGCCAGCAAGCAACGGCACAACGGCAGCAGCAGCAUGCAACGGCACGGUGGCUGCAUUGGCUUGCACCGGUACGACGGCUGGAGCGGCAUGCAACGGCACGGUGGCUGAAGCGGCAUGCAACGACACGGCGGCUGGAUCGGCAUGCAACGGCACGGUGGCUGCAGUGACAUGCAAUGGCAUGACUAAGGCGGUUGCUGACGGAGCGGCCAGCCUCAAGACGUACGCGGUGGGCUCCAAGGCAACGCCCAACUUGUGGCACGCUCGACUUGGACACGUCCACUUCGAUGCGGUGAAGCGGACAGCCACGAGCGGUGGCGUGUUAGGCAUGGACCUGGAGAAAGGAGCAGAAUCCGCCGCCACCACGUUCCGUCAUCGUGGUCCCGGUUCCGUCCGUGCAAGGGGGCGAGCAACCCCUUGA